UCAUUACGAAAGAGAGCCCGCAACCCGAGAAACAGCUGUUCGAUCGAGUAGUGCGUGCGAGCGAAAGAAAGGGGGCGAGAGGGAGUGAGUGAGAGGGGAAGUGUAAAAUGCUGACUGCCAAAUGCCGGCGGCCUUAAAAUUCUCGACAAUUUCCAACAAAAUUACAAAUACCAAGUGGUAAUACAUAUAAACAAAAAGAGUCAAACAAAAUGCAGGAUCAGGAUAUGGAGGUGGAUAUGGCGGAUGCAGUGGAAGCGUCCAAUUUACUGCAGCUCAUCAAGCAGCUGCUGCUGGAAAAAGCCUACGACGGCGUGCGGAUGUUGUUCCAAAGUGCCCAGGAGUCGGAAAGGAACACCCGGCUGCUGCCCCACAUAGCCAUGCAACUCUACCACGACGUGUGCUCCGAAAAUCUCUGCGACGAAGUCAACGCCCAGGAGCCGGAGCUGUUCGACUGCUCGGAUGAGCUGCUCAAGCUGCUGGCCAAGUUUGCGCCGCUGCAGGAGCUCAUGCUGGAACUGAUGGAACGCCUGGAGGAGAGCAGCAGCCUCAAUGUGUUCGCCGGCUAUCUGAGGGCCCUCCAAGUGGUGCUCCAGCGACAGGGACGCGAUAAGCCGCAGGCCGUGGAGUGGUGCCUCCAGAGCGUUUUGACCAAACUGAGGGAGCUGCCCCUUCCUAGUUACCUCUCCGAGGGCUACGACGAGGCCCAAGCGCGACUUAUAGAGCAAAACGAGCAGGUGGAGGAUCUGCUGGCACACUACAUCACCGUGGGCCUUUUCCGCCAGCCGCUCUGCAGCGAAAUACUUCAGCAGGAUGUGCGAUCUCCCAGCCAAACCUUCAGGGACUGCGGUCUGAACCGGCGCAACGUCUUCACUUGCUUUCUCAUCCAGCUCCUGGGUCGUCCGCUGGCUUUGCUCGAAAUGAGCCAUGUCAAGGAGGACCUCACACGCACCUAUGUGCAGCAGGUGACAGAGGGCCUGAGCCAGGAUGUUAGCCACUGCCUGGGUGAUCCUUUCUAUCUACUCAACCUCGUGGAGCAGCGCGCCAGGUGGCAGCGCAAACUGGAUGCCGCGAAAGGUGUCUACGAGAUGAGCUGCCGAAAUGUUUUCCUCAUCGAGGAAAAGCUGCCGCUGCAUGCGGUGGCCAUGUACUAUCACUCGCUCUUCGUGGGCAACCAACUGCCCGCCACUGCGCCCAGGAUAUAUGCGCCCCUUUUCCUAUUCGAAUCAAUCGUCUAUCUGGCGGAAGUGCUGCUCAAACAGCAAGAGCCACCGCUGCAGUAUUGCGGCCUUCGGUUAGUGGAGCAUCUUUUGAGCACCCUGGUCGAUCCGGUGCCCUCAAGUUCCCUUCACUUGGAUGUCCACAAGCGCUUUUGCGAAGCCCUGUGCAAGAUUGUAGGCUACUCGCCGCAAGUCGCCCUCCGCCAGCUGGGAUUGCAUGUGCUGCGGCAAUAUGUGCUAGUCUUCGAUGACCAUGGAAAGUAUCUCAUCCUCAAAAAUCUGCUGGAGACGCUGCAGCACGACGGACUGAUGGGUUACCUCGGGGGAAUGUACAAGGAUCUGGUGGACAAGGCCCUUGCCGAAUCCGGCCCCUUGCCAGAGGUCUAUAGCGGAAAGAUGUUCCGCGAGAUGCUGCUGCUGUGCGUCUGUGUGCUGCCCCACGACGUUAAAUCCGAUCUGCUCCUGCACGCCGAUCGCCUGUGUCACGCUCUCAACAUUCUGCGUUACUUUGCGGUGAGGGACAAAAAGGAUGUCACCGGAUUCUGGCAAUCUCUGCCGGACAUCGUUAGAAGGUUGCUAGAUCCCCUGGGCAAAGCGCUCAACUUCUCGAUGGCCCACUACAAGGCGUACAAGGAGCGUGUGGAAAAGGGCCAGAGCGCUUCGGACGACGAACUGAUGCAGCGACAGCUCAACAUGCUGGCCGUGAACAUAACCAACAGCGGCAUGGCCGGCGGCGACGGGGACAACCCUCUGCCGGACAUUGGACGCCAGGAGAAGCUCGAGGUUCUGGCCAGCUCGAUCACCAGUCUGGAAACCCUGCAAUCGUUGUAUCUGAUUGCCAGUGAGAAACUCGAACAGUCCGCCAGCCUACGUCGAAACGCCACUCCAGCGGAUUCUUAGUUUAUAAUUUGUCCACAAUGAAAGCGAAAUGAUAACGUAAACUUUGUGUGUAAACACAACUGAAAACGAAA